AUGCCUGAAUUCAUCAGUACACCUCUCUAUGGUGGCGCAAUCACUUGCGACCUGCCUGCCAAGUUUGCCGAUGUCAGCAAACUGCGACAAGUCCCCGAUAACCAAGAAGUCUGGAUCGAUCAGGAUGGCUUCACCAGCAUCAUCUUCGAUAUCACCGAGCGCGUCGGAGGUUCUGGCUCAGGCCCUGAGAUUGACGGCCGUGCCAUGACGACCCAUCUCGAAGACAUGGUGGGAUCCGAUAUUGAUACUGUCAAGAUCUGGAACACCGCUGAGACCGAGUUCUCGAACCUUGACGGCACACCUGCGUACACGCUCAUUUCCACCCAGACCCCCCACGUUAGCAAAUCCCGCGACUCGACAUCUGCGCCCGACUUCACUGCCAUCAUCAUGACACUGUUGCGACUCGAGAAGGAGAAGACCGAUAUUCUCAUCACCAUCAACGUGCCGCAUAUCAAGGGAGAGUACGAUGAGUCGGAAGUUGACCUUGAGCUGGGACGCCAGGGUAAAUUGAUUGGCGCCGCCGUCGAGUACUCGGCCAAGAUCUGGUCGACGUUCAAGAUCAAGGACUGGGGUCUGUUUGGUGCUUAA